AUGUUCCUAGAAAGGAAACCGUUGCGGCUACACAACAAAUAUCACACCACUUUCAUCACGUCCAUCACGUUCUACGAUGAGCUCAUCCUCUAUCAACUGCCAGCAACAGAGGAAAUAGAAUACAAUAUGUGGCGUAGUGCCAGCUUCACUAAAGGACAACGAACAUACAUCAUACCACUUCAUUCGUCCACUUCGACUUCUUGCAUCUCGCUAGUCUUGAUUCCAUUCUCCACUAUUCAUAUAUCGAACACAUUAAAACACUUGAUUCGCUCACCUCAGCCUCCUACAAUGGCGGUGUUCCAUUUUCACCUCUCACAAGAAGCGAAGCGCCAGAGAAUACAGGACAAGAUUAUCGCAACCCAUGCUGGGAUCGAGGAAUACUCAGCUGGAUAUCUAAAAUCAUGGCAAUUAUUGAAGCUGAAAAUCGACGCAUCUGAAGUCCACUUGAAUAGCAAAGAUAUAAUCAAGUUCAGACCGUGCUUUUUCUCUCCGUUACCGACUGACACGGUACGGACAUGCCUCUCGAAGCAGCUUUGCAAGGAUACCUCAAAUGGAGGUAGCUUAGGCUAUACAGGACGUGGAAAUACACCCUCAAGCACAGCCACUCAAUGCCCACUUAUUCUUGACCUCUUCCGAGAUAAAUAUGCAACUUCCGUACGCAAAGGGUUCUGCUUGGACAGCCUCACCACUCUUCGAGAGUGUGGAGCCACUAGCAAGGGAAAAUGGAAGCAGCAACCAGGCCUCGAAUUAGACGAAAAGCUUUCUACUGAACGCUGGCAAAUACUACGUAUACUAGAAGACUUGGAGCAUGAAGUACCCCAUGCCGUAUGCGAUAUCCGUCAGAAUAUUCAAGUAGACAAGACGAAGGGGCUCACAGUGACCGAAGUGAAGGCCAUUAUGAGAGUCAUGGCUGUCCGCAUAGGGCUGGACUGUUACAGACGGCAUUCGAUCAUGCCAAUUCUGGCUAUAUCUUACCUGAAUAGAAAGCAAGGACGAAUUCUGCAAGCACACCAUAAUGGAAAACGGGUUGUCAUCCAAUACACCAAGGUGCUAGAGUUUGAUGGACUUGAGCAUCACCCUAUCGAGCUCUUCCUUCGCUACUACUGCAGCCAGCCAGUCGGAAAGACCGCCAAUAAGCAAAAAGAUUUAUCGUCAAGAUAG